CUGGUGACCUGUCGUGACUCUUUGUCGGACCGGAUUUCAACUCGAAAGCGUUCCGUGGACCGCGCCAUCGUAGCAGACAUAUAAAGAAAAUCAUAAGCAGCAAGUAGGCGUGACCCAUGCUCUUCUCAACAACUUCUACCCUUUUCUUUGCGGUUGUCUCUGUACAGGCCUUGCAAUAUGUGGAGCCCUUUACUGCUACCAUAUUUGCCCCGCCGUCCGACUACAUAGUUCCACGCACACUUUACGCACGAACUCUUCGUCUUGCGAAUGAUGACAAUGUAAUCCUGGCUACUUGGGAGAACUAUUCGCCAGAGCCUCCCCUGGUUUACUUUCCCAUAUACCGCUCCACAGAUCUUGGACAAACAUGGACGCACGUAUCCAACAUCACAGAUCAAGUGAAUGGUUGGGGGUUGCGGUAUCAGCCGUUUUUGUAUGAAGUGGUCGAGGAUAUUGGGGCGUUCCAGGCUGGCACUAUUCUCUGUGCUGGUAACUCGAUCCCGACAAACCUGAGCAACACUCAGAUUGACCUCUACGCGAGCACUGACAAGGGAUAUACUUGGACAUUCAUUAGCCACAUCGCUGCCGGCGGUGAAGCGCUGCCUGACAAUGGUCUCACGCCAGUUUGGGAGCCCUUCAUUCUCACAUACGACCAUCAAAUCGUUGUAUAUUAUUCCGAUCAAAGGGAUCCUGACCAUGGUCAGAAGCUUGUGCAUCAGGUGUCCUCUGACUUGAUAAACUGGGGAGAGGUGGUAGACGAUGCCACGUACGACACGUACGACUGGCGCCCGGGCAUGCCGACGAUAGCUGAACUUCCGAAUGGCCAAUACAUCUUCACUUACGAGUUCUACGGAGCCACCGAAGCUAACUUUGCUGUGUAUUACCGGCUUUCGGACUCUCCUCUCACGUUCGACUCGGCCCAGGGAUACGUGGUGGAGGCGGUCACGGGCGAGCUGCCGACGAGUAGUCCAUACGUCAACUGGACACCAUACGGGGGAGUAAAUGGAACAAUCGUUGUUUCUGCCAACAGCCACAGCGGGGUGUUUCUGAACACAGAGCUCGCAGCGCCGGGAAGCGCCUGGACGUAUGUAGAUACUACAUCCUCCAGAUCGUAUACCAGGGAGGUGAAGGUGAUGCCAAGCGACAACCAGAUCAUGCUUACCGGAGGCGGGGUUCUGAACGGUGCAUCGAACACUGUUACGGCGACAGUUAUCAACCUUUGAUAAUGGUGUUAGUCGUUGGUCAAAUGAAAGUCUUGGUUCAUUUCUACAUGAAGCAUUUUCAUACCCCGAUUACCUUGGCAACCUCUUCGACCUAAUUGUU